AGCGUCUAGAGAGGAAGUUGGUAUAAACUACGCAGCUAUGGCUUCGAAGAAUCUGUUUGUAUUGUUUUUAAUAUUCGCUUUGUUCGCUACGAAUGUAGCAGGUCAAGAAUGUCCGGAAAACACUGAGGUCGUUGACUUCCCCUGCCCAAGAACGUGCGAUGAUCCAUAUGGCGAAAACACUUGCAUAACAGGAAUACAAGGAAGGUGCCAUUGUAAAGGCGCACUCGUUUUCAAUUCGGACAAUGUCUGUGUCCCUAUAUUCGAAUGUUAAUUAAAUAAAUAAAUAAAUAAAUAUUUACUAACAAUCACGCCACGUUAACUGGU